AUGCCUUUUUCGAAAUUUUGUGGUGUAUUAAUUUUAAUGAUUAUUAUUAAUGCAACGAUUAUAUUUGCCGAAGAUUCAUCCAGUAAUGAUUGCUCAGUUACUAAUACCACUUCAAAAAAACGGUUCGAUUUGAGUCCGUUGAAAAAAGCUUCGGGAUCAGAUUGGGUAUUAAAAUCUCAUGAAUAUACUUUUUAUAUAAAUGUUUGUGAUAAAAUUUUACAUGAAGUAAAUGGAGUAGAUACUGAAGAAAUUGGUGUAUGGGGUAAAAAAGAUGGUCACGAUAGUGGGUUAAAAUUAGGAAAUUUCAAUAAAAAUCCUCAUUUGAAUGAUGAUGAUGUUUAUUUAGAAUAUGUGGGCGGGAAGUGUGGUACAGAUAGUAUUAAAUAUACUAGUGUAAUUUACUUUAAAUGUGAUCAAACUGUUGAAGGACAAGGUGAACCAAGACUUAUUUAUAAUUAUGAAGAUUGUGCAUUCGUGUUUGAAUGGAAAACUCCCGUUGCAUGUCCUACUUCAGUUAACGGAGGAGCAAUGAGUUCGUGGGGUGUUUUCUUUACUAUUUUCGCGAUUGCAUUAAUUGUAUACUUUUUGGGAGGUAUUGCAUAUAAUCGUAUGGUUCAUCGCGCAAGUGGAUUUUAUCAAAUUCCUAACUGGGAAUUUUGGUGUAAUUUAUGGGAUUUUACAAAGGAUAUGGUUCUUAUAAUAAUUGCACAAAUUCCAAUGUUCAAACCAAGAAGACCAAGAGGAAAUUAUAAAGAGGUGUGA